CAGCUUUCCUCCCCCCCAACACUAGGCUUGUGUACUUGGGAAAUCUGAAGCAGUUCUCCUCAAACCAAACAGAACUCAUAGGUUGCCAUGUUCAUGUUGCUUGUGUUUGGAUUGUUACUGCAAGAAAUUCUGGUGAAUUCCCAAGCUGAAAAUCUUCCUGAAUUCAAAAAUAUUCCAGAAGAGCCAUUAUAUAGCUACAAAGCUAUCAACUUGCCAGAUGAGCAUAUCCCGUACUUUCUGCACAAUAAUCAGCAUAUUGCUGGCAUCUGUAAGCACGACUCUCAUUGCCCAUAUAAAAAAUACUUGAAGAAACUAAGAUCCUGCUGGGGUUAUGAGAAAUCCUGCAAAUCAGACUACAGGUUCAGUUACCCAGUAUGUGAUUAUGUUGAAACUGGAUGGGCAAGUGACAUUGAGACAGCCCAGCAGAUAUUCUGGAAACAAGCUGACUUUGGUUACAUUCGAGAGAGGCUCAAUGAAAUGAAAACCCAUUGUAAGCCUGCGGCAACAGGAGAUUCUUCUCUGACCUGUUCUCAGUACCUUCAGCAUUGCAGAGCAACAAACUUGUACAUUGAUUUACGAACUGUAAAGAGAAACCACGACAGAUUCAAAGAAGACUUCUUCCAGACGGGAGAAAUUGGAGGUCAUUGCACCCUCGACGUUCAGGCGUUUUUGGCUGAAGGUCAACGCAAGAGCCCUCUGCAGUCUUGGUUUGCAGAACUCCAGACAUUCACUGCAUUGAACUUCAGGCCCCUAGAAGAUGACAAGUGUGAUGUUGUUAUUGAAAAGCCAACAUACUUCAUGAAAUUAGAUGCAGGUGUUAAUAUGUACCAUCACUUCUGUGAUUUCGUCAAUCUUUAUAUUACACAGCAUAUUAAUAAUUCCUUCAGUACUGAUGUCAACAUAGUCAUGUGGGACACUAGCUCAUAUGGCUACGGUGACCUGUUCAGUGAGACAUGGAAGGCAUUUACUGACUAUGAAAUAAUACACUUGAAAACCUUUGACUCUAAAAGGGUAUGCUUUAAAGAAGCAGUCUUCUCAUUACUGCCUCGAAUGCGAUACGGCUUGUUUUAUAACACACCGUUGAUCUCUGGCUGUCACGGUACAGGGCUAUUUAGAGCGUUUUCUCAACAUGUGUUACACAGAUUAAAUAUCACACAAGAAGGACCCAAGGAUGGGAAAAUUCGAGUCACAAUACUUGCACGCAGUACAGAUUACCGGAAAAUAUUAAACCAGAAUGAGCUUGUGAAUGCUUUGAAAACAGUGUCGACGUUGGAGGUCAAAGUGGUGGACUACAAAUACAAGGAACUUGAAUUUUCAGAGCAAUUGAGAAUUACCCACAACUCUGAUAUAUUCAUUGGGAUGCAUGGAGCUGGACUUACCCAUUUGCUCUUUCUACCAGAUUGGGCUGUCGUUUUUGAACUAUACAAUUGUGAAGAUGAACGUUGUUACCUGGAUUUGGCAAGGCUGAGAGGCAUUCACUACAUCACUUGGCGAAAAAGGAAUAAAGUAUUCCCUCAAGAUCAGGGACACCACCCAACAUUGGGAGAACAUCCAAAAUUUACGAACUACUCCUUUGAUGUGGAAGAAUUUAUGUACUUGGUGCUUCUGGCUGCAAAUCAUGUUUCACAGCAUUCCAAGUGGCCAUUUAGGGUAAAACAUGAUGAGUUCUAAAUUAGACUUCCGACUGAAAUACUGUUUUUAAAUAAUACUCAAUAAAAAUAUUGUAACAACAUAAAGCUAAACGCUAGUGCGAAACAUGUAAACCUCUACGAGGGAAAUAACCCAUUAUUAACUUGUCAAACCACUUCUUAGCACCAUACUGUAUCUUUAUAAUCCCAUUCUUUAAUUCUGGGAGUUUUCGAUAUGUAAAAACUAUUUUUCAGAACUCUUCUUGGUUUUUGCACUGUAUUUUUGCAUUCCAAAUUCUGAAAUACUUGUCUUUAUACAAAGAUAUGUCCAUCCAUUUCAUGUAAGAUUUUCUGGCAUAGAUACUAAUCUUGUAAUAAUUUAUGCCUACCAUCAUGUGAGGAAAUGCUAGAGGAUGGAGAGUGCUACAGCUUGGUUUCUCAGUAUAGUCUCUCUGGGAAUGAAAUAGGCCUGUCUUUUUAAGAAGCUGGAUUCUUUUAUACUAUAGUCCCGUACCUGUAAGUAAAAAUCUGAAGAGGAAUUGCCUUCCUGUUGUAAGGCACUGCCCAAUGUGUCAUUUGCAGCCAAGUUACAUGACACAGUGGUUCCAGGAUGGCUGGUUAGUUCCUUUCCAUCACCAUCCAUGUCAUUGCUGUGCUUGUCCCUGUAUUGUUUCUAGGUUUGAAGAUCUUCCUUUGUAAAAUAGUGGUUGUAAGAAUGAAGUGGUUAAGCAAGCUUUAACUGUUGUUUGAUUCACAGCCUUCUAUUUCAAGUUUAGAAACAUUUUCAAGUUAGAGAGCAGACUCUUAUGUUUUUGCAUUUAAAUAAAAACUUUGACUCUUCUCCCUGCAGUUUUAAAUGCUAAACUGUAACAGGUCUGCUCAGUAGGUUUAGUCAGUCUUCUAUCUCAAAGCAGGUAAAUCUUUUCAUAAGUGAAUACUUAAAAUUUCAGGUAAUCUGGGUGUUUCCUACUUUUUCACAUAAAACAGCCCUGUGCAAUGGAAAACCUGAGCAAAUUGGAAUAAAACUUGAGUCUUUUUGAGGAUGCUAAAGGGAAUGGACUUCUGUUUUUUUUAUGAUAAAAGAUAAGAUGUAUAGGGUGUCUUUCAGCUGCAGCUGAAAGGAAAUGAAGUCAUGAAGAACCUUGUUCUUGGAGUCAUUAAAAGCUUAAUUUAUUAAUACUCUUGUUUUCUCAAAAUGUCAAAGAGUCAAUCUAGAAAACUUUUGAAAAUCUUUCCAAAGCCCGUAGCAUAGUUCACUGUUGUCAGUGAAGGAAAUAUUAAGCCAAAGCUGAGUUCUUUCUAAAAUUCCCUCUGGGGCUGACUUGUUGGUGCUAGAGGGGGGAAAAAAAAAGGGUGUUGUUCUGUUGUCUUAAGUGGGGCCAGAAGAAUGUGUGGAAGAAUUGAGUUCAGUGAGAUAAAAAACAAUGUUCUGUGUUAAAUUAUGGAUUUUUUUGAGAAUGUAUUCCCAUGAUAGACUUACAGUAUAAUCAUACAGUCUCAGUGGCUUGAAGCAGAGCAUACAUUUGUAUGCAAAAGCAAGACAGUUACAGUAAAUGUAAACAUUUCACUGGUAUAAUUGUAGAUAUUAUUGACUUCCAUUCUCCAACAGUCAUAGGCAAUUUCACAGAGUGUAGGUACAUUUACUGACCUGCCUAUACUGGUAAAGAUGAGUUACUGUAAGCAUAAUUUUCGUAUAGAUCUCUCAUGACCUUAAGCAGUGCAUAGGAAGAGCUGGAUCCAGCUGAUACACAAGAUAUAUUAAGGUAUCUGGUGCAAUUCUCAGCAUAGUGUAUUGUUUUACUGAUGGAUAAAGCUGGUUUACUUUAAAGAACCAUAGAAGCAAAAUUGCACUUCUUGACAUGAAAAACAUUAAAAAAAAAAGCCCUUGAGAAAUACAAUUUCCUGUAUAUU